AUGCCUACCCUGGAUGACUGGUCCUCGGCCAAUCUAAAUCAGACAAUUCCUCUCUCUUAUCUCUCCUCUAUUUUUUGUAACCAGCAGGCUUCAGAAAGUGACAGGAGGAAGCAUUGGGCUAUUGAAGAUUUUAUGGACUCGCCCAUAUCUUAUCUAGCCCAGCCCAAACAUCUACCUAAGUUGGGAGAGUCAGAAGCAAUAGAUGAAAUGAACUGGAAUCAUGACCUGAUAGUUAUGAAGAAAUGGAACAAGAAGGAGAAGGGUUCUUCACAUCCAGUUCGAACAAAUCCCCAGAUGGAUCCAAUCGGUAAACGAAAGCAUGAUGAAGGCAAUGAAGUUUGGAUUUCAGAUUUGGGAGGGAAUGCAAAGAAAAAAGGUAGGGUUAGUUAUGAAUCAAGGGUUUUAGUUAUGGAAGAGUUGGAUAAGGUAACGGUGGGUUCUGGUCUCCAGACCCACCGAUCAUCAUGA